AUGGACGAGUCUUUGCAAGUUACUGAUUCUCUUACAGGUCCUUCUUCAUCGUCUCAGGAGUCUCAACCACUUCCUGUUGACUCUGAUGUUGCUCUACCUCUCACUGCUCCGACUCUUGCUCCAGCUCCUCAACGGUACUUCAACGUGUUGAUGCUGUGGAAUGAGGUGAAGAUGAAGGUAUCAGUUGAAGGAGUGAAGAGAUUCAAAUUGGAUACUAACUUGGUUGAUGCUUUUCUCUGUGCUUUGAUGAAGGGUAAAUUCUUUAAUGCUGUGAUGCAAGUUGUCGAGAAAUCUCAAGAGAUGAAAAUAUUUGUUGAUAAAGGGAAGGUGCAAGCAAGCAUUCAUGGAGACGCAUAA